AUGGCAUCUACGACAGAAGAUUAUAGCACUAUCACAAAACUAAAAUCUACAGAAACGUUCCAUAUGUGGCGCUUUCAAGUAAGUGUCCUCUUAAAGGCCAUUCCAGCCCUUGGUAUAUGUGAAGGAACUAAGAAAAAGGAUGAUUGCACAACUCAGAACGAGAAGUCUGCGUGGGAGCAGAAUGACGCGAAAGCACAAAAGGCCAUCGUGUACACUAUCGAUGAAACCUUGCUGCCGCACAUCAUGACUUGCCAGAAUUCCGAAGAAAUGUGGUCAACUCUGACGACAUUAUUUGAAAAUAAAGGGGAAGAAAGAAAAGCAUCACUGAUGCAAGAAUUUUUCAACUUUAAGCCGAAGAAAAACCAAAAAAUUUCCGACAUCCUGAACGACUUCUCCUCUCUUUUCGCCCGCAUGAAAGCUCUCGAAACAGGAAUGAAGGACGAAAUGCUCACGAACAAGAUACUAACAAGCCUUCCUGGUGGUUAUAACAACUUCGUCACAGCCUGGAAGUUGACUGGGAAGACAUCUUUAAACGACCUGAUGACAAACUUGAUCAGCGAAGAAAACCGGGAAGAAAUCAAGACAGAAGAGCACGUAGCCUUUACAGCGGGACCCUCAAAGGACCUGAAGUGCUUUAGGUGCAAUCUCCGUGGACAUAUACGGCGCAAUGGACCACUAGACAAGAGAAGACAUUGCGCAGGUGCUUCAGAUACUCUUCCAAGAACGCAUACCAGCAGGGAUGAAAUCGGGAAGGAUAGAAUAUGA